AUGCCUCAAGGAACUGGCACCCUCACAAGUGACAAAGGACGAGUCCUUGGUCAAUUUGAAAUCGAAGGAGCUCAGUACAUCUUCGUGGGAAACAUGGCCGGCUUCAGGCAAUCUUUCUCAAUACCCAACGCCGAUGUGACCUACGAAUCGGCUACACAGCUACUCAAAGACCAACAAGAAUUCGAAGAACUACCUCUUCAAACCGAUCAGAUAGAGCUUAGACUAAAAAAUGGGGUUGCAAUCACUGGUGGUUUUGAUAUGCCCUUCAGCGACAAGGAGGUGAAGGAAGGGGCCGUUGUUGGAGGUGACGGGAAAUGGUUGAAGCUAUAA